CCCCCGCCGACCAAUAACAAGUCAGACCUCCCCAACGCCCCGACCGUGAUCCGAUGGCAGCCCGGCAUUGUAAAUCGCACCUGCAUAAUUGGCCCAUUACUAAUAUCCCGAUGGGUUCUUGGUUCUGCCAUUUUUCACCGGCCCUCCAUGGUCGCCGAGCUAACUCACCCUUGACAUCAUCCCACUCUCCAAAAAAAUAAUUCUGCUUAGAAACCAGAAACCCUCUUCUUCAAACUUCGCCGACCGCGAAAAUGCCUCCUCCAAUACCCGUAGGCUGCACGCGCGCGUAUUCGUCCUCAUCCGCCGCGAAGGUUCUCGUAAGGCUAUUAUGUGCAUCUUCGGCGCAUCCGUCUAUAAGUAGCAGCGGACCUAUCCUAGAUGUUCUGCUACCGCCACGGACCCGAUUCCGAGGUUUCCAUGUUGCUUCCCCCCGCGACUCUAGGGAACCGGUAACCUUCCGAGCACGAAGCAAGCCUUCUCGCCCCCAAAACCAUGCAAGUACCGCGGCGAUAAAUGCUGUGAAGAAGCAACGAUUCAGCGCCACGGCGCACUGGCGCAGGACUCAGGCUGUUUACAACCCGCAGAAGGAUGAAGAUGGGAAUGACAUGCUCCUAGAGAUCACCCCGCGUGCUGCUAAUCGCCUCUCUCAAAUCAUGGCGAAAGACGAAAACCCGAACCUCGCGCUGCGCAUCUCCGUCGAGUCAGGCGGCUGCCAUGGUUUCCAGUAUCUCAUGUCAUUAACAACAUUACCACCUUCGUUACCCUCAGCUCCUCCCACAUCCUCCUCACCCGUCGACAACCCACAUCACCCACCGCCGGAAAUCUCGACCUCACCACCUCACCCCGCGGGCAGCAGCGCCGAAUCUUCGAAGACAGCCGCCAAAGUCGCCCCCUCAACCACAACCAGCGUAAGCGAAGACGACACAAUCUUUGCCUUCAUCGCCGACCCCUCCUCCUCCCCCGACCAACCCCCCACACCCGCACAACCCAGCCUCCCAAAAAUAAUCCUCGACGGACCCAGCCUCGAGCUACUAAAAGGCAGCAAAGUAGACUUUGCAAUGGAGCUCAUCGGUAGCCAAUUCAAGAUCGUCGACAACCCCCUCGCGACGAGUAGUUGUGGAUGCGGGACGAGUUUUGAUAUCAAGCUAUAGACCAAAAUACCCACUUAAACAUCCCUUGCCUAGGUACAUACUUCACUCCAAGUUCAUUUCUUUGGGGAUACCCUGUAUAUUCUCGAAACGAUGCUUUGAUAGAAUGCAAAUAGCAUAUAGCAUGCAUGUUACCUUGGAUUGGCACCUACUGUUGUGCCUCCACUGGAAAAAUAAUUGUACAUUUCUGCUGCAUUGAGGGUGUGAAAAUGUAUAGAAGUGGCUUUAUGAUAGCUGUUAACAGACCAUGUUGAUAUCUAAGACUUGGAAUAGGCCUCGUCGAGCUUUACCGUAUGUACAAUUAUUCAUGCCUUUGCAUUGAUACUCG